UGCGCGUGCGCGCUGGAGCGCUAGCGAGUGAAGGUAACCUGUGAUCAUCAAGGACCAGGGCGACCCGGACGCGCGAUCCUUUCUCCCGAGCACGACGCGAAACCGGCCGGGCUUGCAGACUUGACCUUCCACGCCCUUGUCCUCUCACGAACGUCUCUUCGCAGAGCCCAGACUCUCGCUUAGCGUCCACGAUGAGCAGCAUGACCCAGAAUCUACGGGAAUUAAUGAAGGUUAUGUUCAAAGUUCCCGGUUUUGAUAGAGUUUUGGAAAAGGUGACACUUGUCUCUGCUGCUCCUGAAAAACUAGUCUGCGAGAUGAAGGUGGAAGAGCAGCAUACUAACAAGCUGGGUACCCUCCACGGAGGUUUGACAGCAACCCUAGUGGACACCGUCUCGACCAUAGCUCUAAUGUGCACAGAAAGAGGGGCACCCGGAGUCAGUGUGGACAUGAACAUCACGUACAUGUCUCCUGCUAAGAUAGGAGAAGAAAUAGUGAUCACAGCACAUAUUCUGAAGCAAGGAAAGACACUUGCAUUUGCCUCAGUGGAUCUGACCAACAAGACCACAGGAAAAUUAAUAGCACAAGGCAGACACACAAAACACCUGGGAAACUGAGAACAGCGGGAAGACCCGAAGCAGCACAACAGUGCCAAGUAUGGCUUGUGAACAACUUUCUGAAAUAAAUUAUCAAAACCAGAA